UGUUACUGAUGGGUUCCGGGUCCGGGCCGUGGGGCUGAGGCGGAGAAAGCAGCUCCCCGGCCACAGGAGUAAUGUUGAUGCGGGGACUGAAUCGGUGGCUAAAAGUGGGAAUAGUUCCCGGCUUUUCUCCUCCUGUAGAGACACCCAGGCCGGCCUGGACAGCUACUGGAAUCCGCUUCUACUCAGCGGGGAUUGUUACGAUUCGUGAGCAAACACUGGUGGCUGUGAAACCAGAUGGUGUCCAGAGGCGGCUUGUGGGAGAAAUCAUCCAACGUUUUGAGAAGAGGGGAUUCCAGCUUAUGGGGCUGAAACUUGUGCAGCCCACUCGAGAUGUGCUUUUGAAGCACUAUCAUGAUCUGCAAGAAAAGCCUUUCUAUUCUGCAUUGAUCCAAUACAUGAGUUCAGGACCCAUUGUUGUUAUGGUUUGGGAGGGUUGUGAUGUAGUGCGUAUAUCCCGUAUGAUGGUGGGUGACACUGAUCCUGCCUUGGCUCAGCCAGGAACUGUGAGAGGAGACUUAUGUGUACACAUAAGCAGAAAUGCCAUCCAUGCCAGUGACUCAGUUGAAGUGGCAAAGAAGGAGAUUAGCCUAUGGUUCCAUAGCACUGAGCUGACAGAAUGGGAAAGUUGCACUCUCAAGAACAUCUACAAUGUUUAAACAUCUCUGCUGAAUCAGCCACAACAGUAACUACCUCCAGUGACGGUGUGUCGGUCAUAUUUUUAAAGCUAGAGACAUAUUUCCAUUAUUGAGUUUUCUUGAAUUCCUUUUAAUGGUAUUCCAAUCUGACUUCAUGCUAGGUGCUAGUAAACUGCAAUAAAAUUCCUGUAAAUUACUGAUCAGCAUUAAAAUAUUUUCAAGCCAGUUAAA